UUAGCGAUGUGGGCUACGACUUCUUGUGAGCCAGGAACAACCACUCAAACCGGAGGUAUUGACCAACAAAAUCUUGGUCCUGGUGGUAGCUCAGGAUCAUUUACUGGUGGUUCGCCGUCUCCUGUAGGUGGUUUUCCAUCUCCUGGAGGUGGUUUUCCAUCUCCUGGAGGUGGUUACAGACCUCCCAGUGGCAUAGGAGAUUCUUCCGGUUCACAAACUCCUGGUGUUGGUGGCACUAAUACAGACGGAUCUGGUGGAUCGUAUCCUGGUUCAUCGCCGUCAGGAUCAUCACAAGAAAGUUUUGGAGGGUCGUCUGGUUCACAAAUUCCUGAUUCAGGAGGAGAAUCACAUGUCAGUGGUGGAGAACCAUCUUCAAAUCUCCCACCACCAACACCUGUCAGUGUGGGGAAUCAUCUUCACGGCCCCCACAACCAACACUCCCUCCUCCCACCGCAUCACAAAUCGUUCUGUCGGAAUUCGACCAAAUAGAUAAUCCAAACUUUGAAUGCGGCGUGCCGACAAUAGAACCUGAUUUACAAAAGGGCAGAAUCGUCG